AUGGGCUUCUUCACAUUGAUCCUCCUCACCUCCUCCUGCUUCCUUGGAAAAGCCGGUGAGUUGCCUGUGUUGAAAUUGAAGGAGGUGGGCAGCAAAGGCAUCUUAAGAGUUGGAAGAGACUUUAGAGGUCAAGAUCUAGUUCAGCCACCUGCUCAAUGCAGGAUGGCACUACUGAAAGGUUGCUGGUGGUACCAGUGGCCCUCCAGAUGUGGCUGGACUACACUCCCAUCAUCUCUGACCAUUGGCCGUGUUGACUGGGGCCGAUGGGAGUCCAAGAACAUCUGCAGGGCUAUGGGUUAUCCAUCUCCAGACUGCAGCACCCCUGGCAGAUGGUCCUCUGGACUCCAGCCAAGGAGUGCCCACCACUUCCCAAGGAAGUCAGUCUUAAUAUAGCAGUAUUAUUCACAAUUAUCCAUUAUUCUGAAAAGCAACAUGCAACCACUUAAGCGGAGUGGUUGUAGGGGUUGGCACUUGGCAUUAAGUGUUGCUGGGCUAGAGAAGGGAGCAGAGAGCAGGGGAUGGACAGUGUUGUCUUUGUGACUUGCUUGUGAACCACCAGACACAUUGUUUUUAACUACUGUCAGUCAUCUGGGGAGCAACCUGGUGCCUCUGCAAGCUCACAAGCAAGGUUUGCUCCCAGCCUUUCAGUGCUUUAACACAGGUACAUUACCUUUGAACAUGGGGAUUCCCAGUACUGUACUAUAUUUUUACAUCAAUAUAUAUCAAUAGAUUGCAAUCUUUGCAAUCUGAUCUUGUGGGCAGUUUUUGCUGCUAGGCAAUUAUCAAUAUAAUUUGGCAGCCAUUGAGCCCGUCUUUAAUGUGGAAUUAAGUAAACUGUGUGUUUCAAAUAGAAAAACUUUUGCUUGCUCUGAACCUAUUUAUAAUCAACACCAUUGGGGUGGCUCAAGGUCUUUCCAGAUGACCUGCUCAUUUGUCCUGAUUUGUUUGAGAGUUUAGAUGGCCUUGCACCAAAGAAAGUGCAAUCCAACGCUUUCGAUGUGUUUCCUUGUCACUUUCCUUAUCACAAGAAGUCUGACCUUUUGGGGAAGCAGGUUUGUUGCACGAGACCUCCCAAUCCAUUGCAGUUAUGGGACCUGAAUUUACCUGUAUGUGACUAAAUCUCACCCGAAUACAGUGAAAGCCUGGAAGCAACCCCUGAAUGAAGUUAAGUUGGCUUAUCUGAAUUAGAGCCUGGUGUUGUGUACGGUAACUUGACUGGCAAGAGCCUUCUAAGGAUUUGGAAAAAGUCUCUUCUCAAUCCUCUUAGCUGGCAAGCUUUUAGGUACAGAUGCAUGGAUUUGAACCCAGGACAGUCUACAAGAGAUCUGCUCACUUACUGAGCUAUUUAGGCAAGAUGGACCAUGGAAGACUGAUCACUGGAUGAUCUUUGGCUGUAUGGCUUCUCAGUUUGAUGCCGUUUAGGAUGGUCCUUAGAUUUCCCCAAUAAUUAUAUUUAUGGCCACAUAGGCAUCACUGAUAAAGAGGAAACACAUAAUUAUUUUUUAAGAAAAAGAUAUAUUUGUGUAAAAUCUGCAUGUGCUAAUUUGUAUGUUUGGAUGUAAAUACAGACACAGUCACUAUAAUUGAAACAAAAAUGCAAUCCAUCUCAACAUCCUGGGGAAGACUGACCUCUGUUGAUGGUCUGUUUCAAGGCCCCUGUCAUAUGGAAGACGGAAUUGUAGAGCUGAAAAGGGACCCCAAUGAUCAUCUAGUCCAACCCCCUGCAAUGCAGGAAUGUGCAACUGUCCCAUAUGGGGAUCAAACCUGCGACCUUGUUGUCAUUAGCACCUUGCUCUAACCAGCUGAGCUAUCAGGUGUCCAGUGGUUGUAUUUUCUCAGUUAAGCAGGCAGCAACCCAAACAGAAUGAUAAAGUAGGACGUGCUGCCUGCCACCCUAAGGCCAAUUCACACAUGCCUGCAUAUUCAUUGAUUUCUCAGCACUUGCUGUGAGACCUGACUCCUAAGCAGAAGAGGAGGGCUCUUCUUAUGUGUCUGUUCUGUGUCGCUUGACCCAGCCGGGAAGCAGCAAGUGCAGGCCGAGCCCUCUCUGGUGAAAGCUGCGGUUGGAGAUGAUGUCUUGCUGAAUUGCAUCUUUACUGUGGACGAGCCCACCGUGGACCUCAGCCGACUCUCAAUCCUCUGGUUCCACCGCGGCAGGCAGCUGGCGGAAUUUGACGAUGUGGUGACCACCUCCAGGGAAGGCGUCAGCCUGAGCCGGGAAGAGCUGGAGAAUGGCAACGCGUCCUUGCUCAUCUCCCGGGUUGGCACUGGAAACUCUGGAAACUACGGAUGCUACAUCACAUACACGCCAGAAGUGCGCAUCCGGGAAGUGACUUUGCAAGUUGCAGGUAAGAGAGGUGGAUGGUGUGGUGUGUGUGUGCGUGUGUGCGCACGCAACCAAGCACCAGCAGGAAUACUUUUAAGGUCUGGCUGCCUCAGAAUAUGCCUCAGUAUCAUGCAGCAUUCUUUACUGGGGCAGGCAAUAAUAUAUACAUUUUUACACACACACACACACAUUUUUAAAGUUUUAUUUUCUACACUACUGGAUUCAAGGCAGUUAUUGUCCAAAUAUGCAACAAGAGUCACCUUGCCACCCUAUAUUAAUUCAGAGUAUAGUAAAUGCAGAAUCCCUUUCUCACACAGCACAAGAUAAUUUAUCUACACAAUAUCAGCAGAUUUUGUUGUUGUUUAGUCGUGUCCGACUCUUUGUGACCCCAUGGACCAGAGCACGCCAGGCUCAUCAGCGGAUAAGUAAACAAAGCCGCACCCUUCAAUUCCAAUUUAAAUAAUUUGCAAAUCAAUAGCAAAUAGCCACAGGUUGACACAGAAUUGUGUGCCUAUCCUAGAAACCCCCCCAUUCUUCACUGCUCUCUCUCUCUCUCUCCCUCUGACUCCCCCCUUCAAUAAAUAUCUGUUCCUAGCCCCCAUCUCUUUUGAACACAUUCCCCUUUCAAACACCCUAUGAAAGAGGAAGGCUUGUUUUCCUCUGGAGACUUCCAAAAUGCAGCCUUUACCUUCUACAAUGUUUCAUUUUAUUUCCAGUUUAAUUUGGCUUAUAGUCACAUUUUAAAAAAUUAAGUGAGCCUAGCUAACAUCUAUAAAUCUUAGAUGUCAACAAAAAGACACUCACCUGUUUUCCCCCUGCUCCCUACAUGAUGUUAAUAAUUUGGGUACAUUAAAGGCAUACAUUUUGCACCAUAAAAGAAAAGCUUUUGCUCUCUUCUAGUUUGCAAGUAACUCCUGCCUUGACUGGCCUGCAGAAGCUGUGCCUUACUCACCCUAGGUGACUAGGCAGGUAGCUAUGAACAAAGCCAUAUCAAAUAGAGGUGGAAAAAGACUUGCCCAAUGCCUAAACGUUACUACAGUGCCUUGUAAUUCUGCGUAGCAAUUUCAGUUUUUAGAAUUUGUAUGGAUUGUGUUUAAACAUGGGAGAAGUACAGAAGAUGUUGGUGGGUCCAUCACAAGAGUCUCAGUUUUGAUUUCUGUGUUUCAUUCACUCAUUUCUAACCCUACUGUGUGUUGGAUGCUGAUACUAAUUCCCUGCAGACCCCGAGGAAGAUCUGGAAGAUUCCUUUUCAUCCCCGUGUCUCAGCCGUUCAGAUAUCCUGAGCAAGCUGGGUCAAAUUGAGGAAGCUGUGAAGCAACUUGAGGCCAAGCUCCAGGAGCUCGUGACCAGCAAGAGUGCCACAAGAUGCAGUUCUGAAGUUGCCUCCCCGUCCGCGCCAGAGCCCUCACGCUGA